AUGGUGGACUGUCGAAGCAAACUUACAUUCAUCUGCCAAAAACACAGUAGUCAGUGCGUCUCGAUAUUCUCCUCAAUUUACUUACAGUACUGCAAAUCUAUGACAAUAUUUAUGCGCGUUGUUGAGAAGAAGAAUGAGUACAACACAGAAGAUGUGCUUCAUAAGAGCCUGCAUCUUAUUUCCUGGCACAAUCUCGAACUAUUCUGA